AGAAAGCAAUGCAAGAGACUUUACCAACAAAUUAUCAAUCUAUUCCGUAAGUAAGCGUCUUUAAAGGUUUUAAAUAACCCUUGCGUGGCUGUGAACUGCUGACCAUGACUCGGAAUAGCUUUGCAGGCUAUAGACCUCUAAGAGACAUGACCCGGACAGAGAGGACUGUGAUGGGAGAAAAGUUCUUUGUCCAUUUGGCUGGAAAAACUAAUAAUGCUCACCAAGAGCUUGUUGGACACCUUAGAAACGCUGGCCAAACUGAAGUGUCCAUUCCUGAAGACAGUGACUACCUUCUGGUUUUCUGUCCCAUCGCUUCACGAGUUGGAACGGACAUGAGCGAGGCCUUGGAGAACAUGCCAGGUGGUAAAAAAGCAAUCCUGGUGGUGAUGCAUCACACCUUCAAUCCUGACCAUGUUGUAGCUCCAAGCAACAAACAGGUGACCAACCCGAAGGUCCUCCUCACUGUGGACUGUCUGUUCUAUGAAGGCAAACUCCUGCAAAGUCGCCUCAAUGAAAUAGCAUUACAUGAAAUCAUGACGUCUCUUGGAGUUUCCUAUUUACCGCGCUCCAGCUGGGGAACAUCCUUGGUCAAAAUGUUACGGGACCAUUGGGCAUGGGCUGCAGUAGGUGCUCUUACGGCGGUGGUGUCGGUGGUCGUUUUCAUAGUCGUUAUUGUUGAAAUGACCAAGAAGUGAGAAGAUCUAUGACGGCUGUCAUCAACAUGCAUGACAUUCUUGGUUGCAGUGUUGUCACAAAUAAUUAUUCGUGAAGGGACAAAAUAAAUAUGCCAUAUAACGAAUGUAUAAUUAUCUGCAAAAACAGAAGGAUGGUAUUAUUGCUAUUGCUAUUGUAUAGUUGUGAAGGCUGAUAUAUAUAUAUAUAUGUUUUUGGGGUUGAAGCUUUUGAUUGCUAAUAUUCUAUUUUAAGCACAAUACAGAUUAAAAUGGUGGAAGGAUACAGAUCUGCACACACAGACAUUAAGCAAGUGGCUGGAUGUGAAAAGGGCCAAAAGGAAGAGAUAAAGUGAGAAAAAUAACAUUGAAAUUCCUUUCAAAAUUCUAACUCAAACUUCCAUACAAUCGGACGUGUAUUUGCAACCAGUGCUGGCAAUAAAAAAGGCACACUUAGCUUCACUUUUCACAGGCGGCUACAUCCACGUCUUUUACACAGUCUGUGGUAGCAGAGUGGUUCAAUCUUUUGCUUUAAAUGAGCAGGAAACAAAAUAAUGCUUGCUGCUGCUUUGUGCUUAUUUAAACAUCAAAUGGUGUGCCUUUGCUUCAGAAGGAAUAAAUGAAGGUCAUUAUAUCA